AUGACAGAUGUUGGUAAGACAACAAAAGGCAAGGCGGCGCGAAGCGAAGCGCAACAGGACAAGCCCCCGUCCGUCUCGUUUCUGGAUUUGAAGGUGUGCUUGGCGAAUAGCAAGGGGAGAAAGAGGUCUUUGUCAAUGGAUUUAACGGCACCACCAGGCUGGGACAGUGGCAGUGGCAGUGAGUAA